GCCGUGAUGAAUUCUUGACAAGAGUUUUCUGUGAGCUUGUAAUGGCCGUCAGGACUUUUCUGAAGGAUUACCACUGUGAGUUGCUGCUUGACACCCUGACUUAGUGCUGCAGUGCAGCCCCCAAGUGAGAGAAAAUAGAAUGAGUGAGAGGAUUUAUGGGUGUGUGUGUGUGUGUGGAGCCUUUGAAGAUCGUGUUGAGAGCGACGUGCUCUUUGCAGUCAUCUGCACCGUUGUUGUCAUUCUUAAACAACCCCCUUCCUGCACAUGGAGCCUGACUGAUCUCAACACUGUACAGAGUGUGUGUGUGUUGGGGUUCUAGGAGACAGCGCCUCCCUGCUGCGGAGCCCAGAGUCGGAGGCAGCAGGUGCAGCUGACGCAGAUAGGCGUUAGGCAGGCAGGGCCAGUUGGGGGACAGAAAGGGAGAGAAUGAGUGAGAGACGUUAGAGGAGGAAAAAGCCACAGGGACUCAAACAAACAGGAGAGCAGACCGCCGAACAGAACUGGACAUAUGACUUUAUCACACGCACUGUUCUGGUCCUGGCACAGUAUGUGAGAACGAAAAAGGACCUGAACUGCACCAGACAUUCCCCUAGCUUCAGUGGUGAAGGAACGUGCGGACAGGCUGUCUCACACUAAGCUAUGGAAUGCCCCCUGCACCCACCAUCACUAGUCUCCAAUCUUUGGACUGAGCUCCAAACGCUCAGUUAGCGGCUGUGCUUCUCCCCUCGAACUCUUUACAACCAGGGGACGAAGAAAAGGAGCGGGCUUUCCAAGUCCUCCGCUAAAAACGCACAGAGCACUUUCUUUUUUAGAAUAUCUCAGCUAUCUCUUUUUCUCCACUUGGAUUUUUUCUGCUGAAAUCACAUCAAGAUGGAGAUGGAUUCAUACUUGUGGAUGGUGAUCCUCGGCUUCAUCAUUGCCUUCAUCCUGGCCUUUUCGGUGGGCGCCAAUGAUGUCGCUAAUUCGUUCGGCACGGCGGUGGGGUCCGGUGUGGUCACGCUGAAGCAAGCCUGCAUCCUGGCGUCCAUCUUUGAGACCCUGGGCUCGAUGCUGCUGGGAGCCAAGGUGGGCGAGACGAUUCGGAAGGGCAUCAUAGACGUGAGCCUGUACAACGACACGGUGCCGGUGCUCAUGGCAGGGGAGGUCAGCGCCAUGGUCGGGUCAGCGGUCUGGCAGCUAAUCGCCUCCUUCCUCAGACUGCCCAUCUCUGGGACUCACUGCAUUGUUGGCGCCACCAUCGGCUUCUCCAUGGUGGCCAUCGGCACCAGGGGCGUACAGUGGAUGCAGCUCGUCAAGAUCGUGUCGUCAUGGUUCAUCUCCCCCCUGCUCUCUGGACUCAUGUCUGGACUCCUCUUCCUGCUCAUCAGACACUUCAUCCUCAGCAAGGAAGACUCUGUCCCCAACGGCCUGCGAGCGCUGCCUCUCUUCUACGCCACAACCAUUGGGAUCAACACGUUUUCCAUCAUGUAUACCGGAGCGCCGUUGCUCGGGUUGGAGAUGCUGCCGGUGUGGUCCAUCUUUCUCAUAACUUUAGCCGGGUCGUUGGUGUGUGCAGCUAUCGUCUGGUUUAUCGUGUGUCCUUGGAUGAGGAGGAAAAUAGCAAGUCGUCUAAAGAAGGAGCAGGCUCUUUCCAGGAUUUCAGACGAGAGCCUGGACAAGAUACCAGAGGAGGAGGAGGAGAGUCCCGUCUUCAAGGAGCUUCCGGGAGCCAAGGGAACCGAUGAGGCCGUGUUGCCGCUCACCGGCGGCAGUGAUCGAGGGACCCGCAACUCCAGUGGAGAGCUCACCAACCUGGCUAAUGGAGGCACCGUCCUGCCAAAUGGCAGGGCGUAUGGUCGGACCCACUCGAUGACCAACGGCUGCCUCAAGUCGCCCAUCUCUAACGGCAGCUUCAGCUUCGAUGGCCACAUGCGCAGCGAUGGCCAGGUGUACCACACGGUGCACAAAGACUCUGGUCUCUACAAAGACCUGCUUCACAAAAUCCACCUGGGUCGCAUGGACGACAGCGACCGCUCGGGCACCAACGCCGGGCCGCCUGACAACAAUUACCGCCUGCUGCGCCGCAACAACAGCUACACCUGCUACACAGCGGCCAUAUGCGGCAUGCCCGUCCAGCCGCUCAUACGCACAGAGUCGCGUGACGACAGUGAAAAGCUGGUAGGCGAGGGGGGCGGCAGGAGCAACAGCGUGUCCUACACCAAGAAGAGGAUACGCUACGACAGCUACUCGUCGUACUGCAACGCCGUAGCCGAGGCUGAGAUCGAGGCCGAGGAGGGCGGGGUGGAGAUGAAGCUGGCCACGGAGCUGGAGGGGGUGGAGGAGGAAGGGGCCCCAGCUCCAAUACCUCUGGACGACUUGGCCGAGGAGGAUCAUGAGGAGAAGGACAAACCUGAGGUGUUCCAGCUUUUCCACUUCCUGCAGAUCCUCACCGCCUGCUUUGGGUCCUUCGCCCACGGAGGCAACGAUGUCAGUAAUGCCAUCGGGCCCCUGGUGGCGCUGUGGAUGAUCUACGACCAGGGCGGCGUGAUGCAGGAUGCUGCCACUCCCAUCUGGCUGCUGUUGUACGGUGGCGUCGGCAUCUGCGCCGGGCUGUGGGUGUGGGGCCGCCGCGUCAUCCAGACAAUGGGGAAGGACCUGACUCCCAUCACCCCCUCAAGUGGAUUCACUAUUGAACUGGCUUCCGCACUCACAGUCGUGUUCGCUUCCAAUAUCGGAAUCCCUGUCAGUACCACACACUGCAAGGUAGGAUCGGUCGUGGCCGUGGGUUGGAUCCGCUCCAAGAAGGCGGUGGACUGGCGCCUCUUCAGGAACAUCUUCCUGGCGUGGUUUGUCACGGUGCCGGUGGCCGGCCUGUUCAGCGCCGCCGUCAUGGCCCUGUUCGUCUACGGAAUCCUGCCCUUCGUCUGAGGGCGCACGGCUGGGAGGGAUAACACAGGAGGAAAGAAUCAGAGAGAGAGAGAGGGAGACUACAAAUCAUAGCUGGAGUGUCGGGGGUACAGAGAAAAGAGGAAGGAAGCGGAGAGGGUGACGACGAGGAGAAGGAAGAGAGAGGGAGGGAGCUGCAGAGGUUCACACAUGGACUUGGUUGUACUGUGGAUGUGAGGAGGGUUGGUUCACCUGCUUCCUGGCUCCAGAGUCCAGAGAUCUUUGCGACUCAUUUGAGUUUCUGAUCGCUUUUUAUUUAUUCUCUUUUCCGGGUGCAACCGUUGCGUUGACCGAACCAUUCAAUCUGCUGUACAUAAGAUUUCCAGUAACUUUUAACAGGAAUUAUUACAGGAAUUAUAGUUACUGGGGAAACGGUGUCCCUUUCUGUCUCUUUCUUUAAAAAACCUAGACUGCAAACGACUAAAAAUGAUCAAAACCAGCUAAUUCUGCACAACUCAAGUGACAAACAUGCCUGCAGUGAAACUAUACCCCUCGAGGUAGCUUAGGCAGUCAAGUGCUUACUAUUCCAAAAUGCCAGGAAAAAAAAUCUGUACAUAUUGUUGUUAUUGGAUGGAGUGUGAUUUAUUGUAUUGCAGCUUGCUUUAAAAUUCAAAAAAAUGAAAUGAAAAGAUGUGCGUGGUCAACCAACCCAUCCGUCAUCUCACUGUUAACACGCUCGCCAGGUACAACUGGGGCCAAACGGAAAAGGACGCCUCAGAGAGGAGGGGGGUGGUGGGACUGUCGCUCUGCUUUCUUAUUUUCCACGAUACCAUAGAAACCUGAUUUGCUAAAGAGUUGAUUUUUUUUUUUGGGGGUCAAAAGCUCCUGUAUGUUUUUAGAGAUGGAUCUCGUAUUUUUUAAUGAUGUAUUAUACUGUAAUUUGUACUGUAAAUACUGUCCUUGAAAGAGUUUUGGGGGCGGAAUUGGGGAUCAUGGUUUGUAUUUAAUGUCGUAGGGUGGGGGUUUGGGGGCUUUGCACCUCUUCAUGAUGUCAUAUUCAAGAGUAUGUUUCAUCCCAGACACGCACAGUAGAGUACACACACACUCAUGAACACACACGUGACAGGCUGCUGUUUUUUUCUUCCCGUGGUUGGCGGAAGUAUGUUUCCUGAAUGGGAAAACGGUAUUUAAAUGAAUCAACCGAAUCCGUCCUCAAAGUGGAGAAAUGCCGUUUGCGUUUGAUUUGAUCUCAUCGGUUAAUUCAUCAGUACUGACAGAAAGUUCUUUAAAAAAGCCCUUGAGAAAAUGUGCAGCAGCACCAAGCCAAAGCAAGCUGCGUUGUCGCCAAUUUAAAGUAGAAUAAUUUAAAGGUCUAAGUGCAGCAGAAGCCAAAAUAUUGAAAUAUAAAAAAUGAGGCAAAUAUCAACUGAAAUGUUCACAUAUCUGCAUCUGUUUGCCUUUUUAUUUUCAUACAUUAUCAGUUACUGGAGUCAUUUCCCUCACGUUGAAGGCUCCCUGCCAAGAUCUGUCCGUCGUGUCCGUUUCCCCCCGAACCUCAGAUCUGAGGUGCGUCCGUCAAGAUGCCUCCAGAAGUUAAAGCCUUGCUGUGUCAUAUCAAACACACACACAAAUAAAGGCAAACUGUUGUUAGGUUAUGUCUCAGCCAGUUAGACAGAGGUGGAGGAAAAUGGGAUUCAACCCCAGCCACACCUGUAGCUCCUCAAAAUGGGCCGGUGCUGUGUUUUUGAAGCGUAGACGCGUUCGGCUUAUUGAUCACCUGUGUUUCAAUCCAAGUGCUAAAGGUUAGCGAGACAUCAUGGGGUCAAGUUGAGGGCUGGACGCGGAAAAGAACCUCUGGUGUCACUAAAACAUCACAUGACUUUUUGUCUGAGGAUCGUGAUGUUUGAAUAAGGUGGUACCGGGGGGUUAGUACUGAUCAUCACCAGCUUUUUAACGGGGGUCACCUGACCUGCAGACGAACAAAGUCGAAAGCGUUUUUUUAUUUGAACAAACUCGAUGCCAGGUGUUGCAAGUUCUUUUUGUUCUUGUGGUGUGUUUCCUAAUUUCAUUUUUUUUGUUUGUUUUGUUUUUCUCUCUCAUGAACAAAUCUAUGCUUAAGUAACCACUUGCCUUGUAACUUUGUGUUUAACUUUGUGCAGAUACGGUCAAAAAUAAUUAAGUACUGUGGUGUUUACAUCGUAACCAUAUUGUAGAGUAUCUGAAGAAGAUAAAAAAAAAAACUGUUGCCUAAUGAUGCCAAUGAAAGACAAACUAUUAACCAUGAAUUUUUAAGUGCAAGUAAAAAAAACGAAAUAACCUGAAGUGUCUAGAGAGAAAGAGAGCAAAGAGCAAGCGUGCACACGAUGACCUGUUUUCCGUUCUUUGUCGUAGUAGUAGCGCUCAUCAUGAUCCCUGUCACUUUACACUGCUACUACAAUGUGUUAACUCUACAUGUAAUGGGUGCAAUUCAGUAAUGAAGAGAAUAACUAGAGAAAUUUCAUCAAGACUAUAUAUUUUUCUACCAUAUCUGAGUUUUAACCUGAGCGAGCUUCCAGACACUUUGGAGGACACACUGUGGGGUCGACGGGGAAACUGCUGAACAGGGACUGGUUCACAGCGACGAUGACAGACGGUCUUAUUACAGGGUGUCUCACCUUGCCGGUGCCAUGCCACACACUCCCUCCGAGCCCGGUGUGUUCUUGUAACAUGUAGAUUGACGUGUCGGUUGCCAGUAGAUCAGAUUUUUAAAUUACCAUUUUUAUUUUUGAAUUUUAGAUGAAAACACUUUGUAAUUUUGUUUCCCUAUACCGCUUGGAUCCGAGCUGUGGGAGCAGGACGGCACCUUGAUAAAACCGGGACGACUGCUCGCUGAAGGCGAAAUCUAUCGAAUCAGAAUCUGUGUAGCUGAGAAAUCUGAAAACGUGAAGGAAAACUGGACUGUGAGGACAUUUGUCUCCUUGUUUUGGCAGAUUAUGACUUUUGAAGCUCUUUACUAUUACAGGCCGUGUGUUACAGAGGGGGCCGCACGGAGCGGGUGUGUCCACAUUCAAGCGUUUUAAACCAAUUUCAUGAUGCACAAAUAUACGUGUUAGUAAAUGUGCUAAAUGUGCGGAAGCUCACAGAAGCACAGAGCCAACACUCUGGAACUGAACAAGAGUUUUUGUUGUGCAAGAACUCAACUUUUAAUCUGUAAAAUGGAGAUUUUGUCAUUUGGUUUUUCUCCUGCUUUAUUUGAUGAAUAAAUGUCAAAUGUAAACUUAAAAUGGUGGAAAAUUUACCCCUGAUUUGAUUAAGAAAGGUCAUCCAGACAUGACCACAGUUAACGAUCAGUAAGUUACAAUUUCUAAAAUCCUACAUGACCCUCCAGGUUAGCUUCUGAUCCGCUAGAUGGUAACGACUAGCCUACAACUCCCAUGAGUCUUAGCAGUUAAACUAAUAGUAGCAGCUGUUGUUCAAAGUUCAAAUGUCCAAAUGUAAUUUGAAAAGAAAACCCCAGUAAACCUCUUUCAAUGUUUUAUAAAACUAUGCAUUUUCUGACCGAGGCAAAUGGAAGUUGCUCUUCCGAUGAAAUGGAGACUGAAUAAUUGGAUCAUGAGGUGUAUUUCUUUAUGAAUUGGGCUCCGCCAACUCACCUCAGAUGAUCUGGUUUGUGCAUCUUCACCACGCUCCGCAGGUCCCCUCUGUAUCACCAUCAUCUUUUGUUCUUCCGUGCAUUCUCAGUCCUGAUAGGCCGAAAGGGAUGCACUGCUCAAGAUGGGGAGGGGAAAGUGAAACACGCCCUCUGGUGGCAGCGUCAAGUGUCGUGGACAGAAAUGAUCAAAAUUGGCUUUGAAUUCAUUUCAAGCAGGUCACUGUUUUUGUCUCACCUUAUCCAUCUCUUUGUCCAGCAGAGACAAAAACGCAAACAUGUAAAUAUUUCGCUAAACUACAAAACGUGUGUUAGCUUUAUGCAAAAAAUGUUUGCUCACGAAGACAAUGUUUUCAAGGCCUUUAAAUGUCAGACCUUACUGAUGCUAAUUAUUUAAAUGACCUAAAACGUCCUCGAUACAAUUUAGUUUGCAUUGUUUUAGCUCUGUAGUUAAAUUUGUGAUAUCUAAAAACAAUUGGUUUGACAUGCACGCAGCCACUAGAUGGCGUAGUCCGACACUUUCUCUCCCCGUAAGCGAUUGACAGCAUUUUAGACCAGUUUCAACCGAUCAGUAUAAAUCAACCAGUGGUGUGGUGUGAUUGCCAUUGAGGGAGUUUCUGUGCUUCUUCUGCAUUUAUAACUGUUUUUGUCGACUUUUCUUGUAGAGAAAAACUAGAGGAACAGAAUGUGCCAUUUUCUUUCUCCCUGAAUGCAAUACAAGCUCUUUUCUCGUGAAGGCGCAACGACAUCGCUGUCACUCUGUGGUCAUGUAGCUCCACCUGCCCCGGUGUAAUAGCGCCCCCUCCUGUUUGUGUGGAACUAGCACCACCUCACGGAGGCGGAGGGCCGUCAGCUCAGACCUUCAUCUGGAUGUGGCUGUCUCUUAGUUUUCUGGUCUGUUGUGUAAUAGAAUGUGCUCCUUGGCUGGCCUGCAGGCUUUACAGCGCCGUGUCGUCGUUUUACUGUUUACUGCUGUUUAACUGUCCGGUCCUUCAAAAAGUACAAGAAAAAUAAUGAUAAUAAUAAUAAUAAUAGAUGAAUAAAAAAAAAAUCUAAAGAAACUGUAGCCUGCUUCUUCAAAAUCUUAAAGCUCUUCUGAUUUGCAUAUAUCGUACUGUAAUGUUUUAUUUAAGAUUUUAGUGAGAAAACAAUGUCUGCAUUUAAACUAAAUUAUGGGAAUUAAAAUUACAAAGAAAACCUAAA